AUGUUCCGGUCCCGAAGAGCCAAUUUGGUGCAACGGCUCUGGAGAUUGCGCAGCGUGACACCGGGCCUAGAUGACAACCACGGGGCCCUGAAGCCGGUGGCCCACGCGCUCUUCAAGAAGCUGAAGGACAAGGAACUGGAGCUGCUGCUGCAGGCGGUGGAGAACCAGGGGGCCGGAGAGUCUGGCUGUGUUUGGCUUGAGCCGCGCGGCAUCAAGCUGGGCCCGUCGGCAUCGCUGCUGCUCUGCCGUCUGUACCGCUGGCCGGACCUCCGCCAGCCGCAGGAGCUGAAACGGCUGUGCUUCUGCAAGAGCACCGGGGGCGAGGGGGGCGCCCACUGCUGCAACCCACACCAUCUUAGCCGGCUUGCUGCACCCGACAGCCCCCCUCCACCCUAUUGCAAGAUCUCGCCUUUUCCUGCACCCCUGAACGGCACCAGCAUUUUAGAAAACAACUGCAGAGGAUGGCAAGACACCACCCUCUCCCGCUGCUCCCUGAAGGACGGCUACUGGUGCAAACUGGCCUACUGGGAGUACCGCCUCCGGGUGGGGAGGCUCUAUCCCGUCCACGAAGACCAUGUCUGCGUUUUCUCCAGCCUGCUCCAGGGCAACGGGCUCUGCCUGGGCCAGUUGGCAUCCCGAAGCCGCAGCCAGGCUGUCCGCAGGACCCAGGCUAAGAUCGGCCGUGGUUUGUUACUCAGCCAGGAAGCCAGCGGGGUCUGGGCUUACAACCGCAGCGAGCACCCCCUCUUUGUCUCUUCCCCCACUCUGGGGCCCGUGGGCGGCUCGGCCCCUCCGGUGCACAAAAUCCUGCCCGGUUACUCCGUCAAGGUGUUCGAUUACGAGCGGGCCGCGCACCUGGCCGCCAGGCGCCCAGCCGCCGGCGAGGGUCCCCACGACGAGCACACGGUCCGGAUUAGCUUUGCGAAGGGUUGGGGUCCCACUUACACCCGCCGGUUCAUUACCUCUUGUCCGUGUUGGCUGGAAGUGCUGCUGAACGCCCCGAGUUGA